AUGCUUAAAUUUAAAAAAAUCUAAAUAAUAAUAAUAUCUUUAUUAUUUCUUGCAUAGUUUUUAAUAUAAUCAAAAGCAUAAAAAUAGAUAAACAACACAGAAAAAUCUAAAAGUUCUUCUAAUCGUCAAUAAUAAAAAUAAAGUCCAAAAGAAGAAUUACCUACUUAACCAGUUUAAAAUACUAUAAAGGAAGAAAAAUUAUGUCCAAAAGGACAAUAUUUAGAUAUAGAAAAAAAAGUAUGUUUAUAUUGCAAUGACGGAGAAUAUAAAGAAAUCGAAGGCAACGAAAAAUGCAAAAACUGCUAAAAAGGAUAUUCAUGUUUUUAUCGAGAUUAACUACAAGAAAAAUGCGCCAAAGGGGAAUAUUCAGAUAAAGAAAAAUAACUAGAAUGUAUUCCAUGUAAAGACGGUGAAUAUAAUGAAAACGAAGGAGAAUCUAAAUGUAAAAACUGUCCAAAAGGAAAAUCCUGUUUUUGGAAAAAUGAAGCCCCAACAGAUUGUCCAGCCGGAACUUACCAAGAUUUAGAAAAUUAAACUGAAUGUAAGCCUUGUAAAGACGGUGAAUAUAAUGAUUAGGUAGGAUAAACUAAAUGCAAAGACUGCCCUGAAGGAAGUUAUUGCUUUAGAAAUGAUAUGGCACCCAUAAGUUGUCCUACGGGGACUUAUCAGGAUAAGAAAUACUAGAACGAAUGUCAUGAAUGUCGAGAUGGAGAAUACAAUGAUUAGACAGGAUAGACUAAAUGUAUAAAUUGCCCUGCUGGAAAUUAUUGCUUAUGGAAAAACAUACUUCCUAUACCAUGUCCUAUAGCAACUUAUUAAGAUAAACCGAAUUAAAUAGAAUGUAUAUAAUGUCCUUAAGGAUAAUAUAAUGAAUAAGAAGGAUAAAUAGCUUGUAAAGAAUGCCCAAAAGGAAAUAAAUGUGAAUGGAAAACAGACGUUCCAGUACCUUAUGGCUAAUAUUCUAUAAAUUAAGAUAAUAUAGAAUGUAUUAAAUGUCCAAUUGGUAAUUAUUGCCCAUAUGUAGAUGAAUCACCUAGAAAAUGCCCAAAAGGGACUUUUUAAGAUGAAUUAGGGAAAUCUAUAUGUAAAACAUGUCCGGAUGGUCAAUUUAAUAUAUAAGAAGGGUCUUAAGUAUGCCAAGAAUGCUCAGCUGGGAAUUUUUGUCAAUUUAAAGAUUUACAGUCUGUUAAAUGUCCUAAAGGAUUUUUUUCGAAUAUUAAAAAUAGUGUUUCUUGUUAACCUUGUGGCGUAGGAGAAUUUAAUGUAAGUGAAGGAAAAACUAAGUGUAUAGAAUGUUCUCCGGGAAGUUUUUGCCCUUAUAAAGAUAUAUUGCCAAUUGAAUGUUUCCCAGGUACUUAUUAGGAUAGUUCCAAGUAAAUUUCUUGCAAAUAAUGUGAAGAUGGCUAAUAUUAAGACAAAAGAGGACAAACAAAAUGCGAACAAUGCAAAAAUAAAGCCUUUUGUGUUAAAGAUUAGGCACCAGUUGCUACUUGCGAUGAAGGGUAAUAUAUAGACCCUAAAACAGGCAAAUGUGUAUACUGUUAGUAAGGAUUUUACUUGCAAAUUGACCCUAAUAGUAAGAAUGCUUCAUGUACACUCUGUCCUAGAGGAAAAUCUUGUUUUUAUGCAUCUUAGCCUUUCGAUUGUCCAGAAAAUACUUACGCGCAGGAAGGUCAAUCGAGAUGUUAUAACUGUCCUGAAGGUCUAUUCUGUCCUGUAGGAGAUAUUUAGCCUUUGUAUGUGUAUAAAAAUUUUGAUAAGAAUAAGAUUUUUAGUUAUUUUUUGAUUCUAAAGAAUAAAUACAAUGUUUAGUAAAUAUAAGAAAACGAUAGUUAGUAAUUUUUCUAAAAAGACGGGAUUUAUGGUACUAUUUUUUAUUAAAACUAAUCUAUUUUUGUGACUUUUAGGUACUAAGGAAGAGAUUCGUAUUAUUAAUGGACAUAUGAUUUAAAUGAAGACUAGUCAGAUUCAGAUGUUUGUGUAGGAUAUUGUUAAGUGCAUAAAAUAUGGCAUGGAUAUUAUUAAGUAAUAAAACCUGACUUUCUAAAUAAAAUGAAAACGAUAAUGAGCUUAUAUCCAUCUGCUUCUUAAAUUAAUUUUAUUGGGGCAAAUAUUGGGGCUGCAGUAGCUACAUUAGCUGCUGCUGAAUAUAGUAAAUAAUAUUAAAAUAAAAUCAAUUUGUAUACUUUUGGUAGUCCAAGGGUUGGGAAUGAGGCCUUUGUGAGCUUUGUUAAUGGAUAAAUUAAAGGGGAAAAUUUCAGGAUGACUCAUAAGGAUGAUGUGGCAACUACAAUACCUAGUAGGUUAAAAUUUAGGCAUGUCGGAUAGGAAAUAUAUACGGCGAAUAAUGAAGAUUUUUAUGUUGUGCCGUUGGGGAUUGAUGGAGAAUAUACGAGGUCUGGGAAUAAUUUCCACAGUUAUUAUAAUAGCAUGUUUGAAAAACCUAUUAAGGAUGCAGAAAAAGAUGUUUAUGGUGGUAUUUUACUUAUUAAUUUAAUUUUUUUGGCGGUUUAUUUGGUUUGAUUUUUAUAUAAUGUUAUUAUAUUUGUAUAUAAAAUUUAUUAUAUAUAUAUUAUUAUAAUUUUUAGAAUUUAUAUAUUUUUUUAUAUAUUAAUUUGUAUUUAUUGCAUGCUUUAUUUCGAUUGCGAAAAUAAUUUUUUUUAUUAUUUUUUAAUUUAAUUUGUAAAUUU